UCUCAACCCUACCCUUUUUGCUCUCUGCCCGAAAAGAACAUUAGACACUUUCACAGAGAGAGAGAGAGAUUUGUUGAAGAAGGAGAAAAUGGGUUGGAGCAGCAACAGACGCAAAUGGGUCGCCAUUCUCACGCUUAUGCUCGCCGCCGCCGCCGCCGGAAAAGACGCCGGAGCUCCGGCGGUCGAAGACGGCCUAGUGGUGAACGGCGAUUUCGAAACGCCGCCGCCCAACGGCUUCCCGGACGACGCGGUGGCCGACGGUCCGAACGGUAUCCCGAGCUGGCUGUCCAAUGGCACCGUCGAGCUGGUCCAGUCCGGCCAAAAACAAGGCGGAAUGAUCCUGAUCGUGCCGCAGGGCCGACAUGCCGUUCGGCUUGGCAACGACGCCGAGAUCAGCCAGGUACUGACCGUGGAGAAGGGCUUCGUCUACUCGGUCACGUUCAGCGCCGCCCGCACGUGCGCUCAGCUCGAGUCGCUGAACGUGACGGUGUCCGCGUCGGAAAACGCUGACGCGGUGACCGCGUCCAGGAACAUCGACCUGCAAACGCUGUACAGCGUUCAAGGUUGGGACCCGUACGCGUUGGCGUUUGAGGCCGAGGAUGAGAAAGUGCGUCUGGCGUUUAAAAACCCUGGUAUGGAGGACGACCCCACAUGUGGGCCCAUCAUUGAUGACGUCGCUAUUAAGAAGCUCUUCACUCCUGAUAAGCCUAAAGACAACGUUGUCGUUAAUGGAGGCUUUGAAGAAGGUCCAUGGAUGUUCAGGAACACUUCCCUCGGCGUGCUUCUCCCCACGAACCUCGACGAAGAAACCUCGUCCCUCCCCGGUUGGACCGUCGAAUCGAACCGGGCGGUCCGGUUCAUCGACUCGGACCACUUCUCGGUCCCACAGGGGAAGCGAGCCGUCGAGCUUCUCUCCGGCAAAGAAGGCAUCAUCUCUCAGAUGGUCCAGACCAAACCGGACCGGCCCUACACUCUCACCUUCUCCCUCGGCCAAGCCGGCGACAAGUGCAAGGAGCCACUGGCCGUGAUGGCUUUCGCCGGCGAUCAAACACGGAACUUCCAUUACAUGGCUGAAUCGAACUCGAGCUUUCAGACGGCGGAUCUGAAUUUCACGGCCAAGGCCGAUCGGACGAGGAUCGCCUUCUUCAGCAUUUAUUACAACACGAGGACCGACGACAUGAGCUCCUUGUGUGGACCUGUGGUCGAUGAUGUUAGGGUUUGGUUUUCGGGGUCGGUGAGAAUUAGGGCUUCCAUAUUAGGGUUUCUGGUUUUCGUCGCCCUUCUCGCCAUCGUUCUGGUUUAGGGUUUGGCCAUGGCUAUGAUUGUUCUAUAUCUACGCAUCGGUUUAAGCUUAAUAUAAAUACUCCAAAACGCUGUCGUUUUGGCAUGGCUUUUAACAGUCAUGAGUUUAAGCGUCGUCGUUUUGGUGUGGAGAUAAGCGUCGUCGUUUUGACAUGGAUUUAAGCGUCGUCGUUUUAGUAAGGGAUUUAAACGUCGUCGUGUUUGGAUGGGAUUAAACGUUGUCGUUUUGUGAUGCUGCUUUAAACGUCAUCGUUUUAGGGUGCGUUUAAACGUCGUCGUUUCAAAUGUUCUUUAUUUAUAAUC